GCGAAAUUGAACUGCUGAUUCCGUCGGCGGAUUUAUCGGCAGAAGUCGGAAAUGGCGGGGGUUUCUGCAAGUUCUUCUGCUAGUGAUAAUCCCAGGAUGUUGCCUGAAGAACCAAUGUCUGAAGAAGAAGAAGAACAGGAAGAAGUGGAGAAUUCAUCAGCAUCUGAAUAUGAAGAUGCUUCUGAUUCAGAAAGUGAUGGAAAUGAUGAGGACAGUGAAUUCAUGGACUUUCUAUCUAAGCUAAGGGGAUCAACUGAAAUCAAAGAAAUUCUGAACAGUGAUGGCCACUGUUCCAUUCCAAGAAUAGUGGAAGAUUAUGAAGCAGUUGUUGGGAUAACAGCCAUCACUGAUACCAGAAAGGAGGGGCCUUCAUCACUUCACACGUUGCCAUUUAUUAACUCCUUGAGGGAAGUGUCCUCUCAACUGCAAACAUUUCAGGCCUCUCCUGAGACUCCAGAUGGAACAGCCUGUGGUUCAGCGCUGAAUGCUGCCCGUCAAAUUUUGUAUUGGUCGUCUGUUUUUAUUUCAAUGAUGGAGGCCAGCAAUACAGGGCAGCCUACAUGUACCGUAUCAUUAUCCACUUCCACAUCAUCCACAUUGUCAACACCAACAUCAUCUACAUCAGUGUUAGCUUCAUCAACAUCAUCUGCAUCAACAUCAUCUGCAUCAAUAUCAUCUGCAUCACCAUCAUCUGCAUCAACAUCAUCUACAUUGGCAUCAUCUAGUUUGACAUCAUCUGUAUUAACAUCAUUUACCUUGACAUCUUCUGUAUCCACAUCACCUACAUCAUCUAGGUCAUCUUUAUCCAGUCAUAACCCACCUGCUACAACUUGUGCAUCUUUGUUGUCAAAUGUUAUUCCACUAUCAGUGCAACAGGACCUGCAUCCUUUAUCCUCAUUUAAUCAGCAGUCUUCCCGCUCAGUAGUAAAUCCUCAACCUUCCACUUCAGAUACUCUGCCAUUUGGUCAGCAUUCUCUGUCAUUUCCUCCAGUUUUUUCUGCUACUGGUUGUACAGCGUCUCCGUUUUUUCAUGCUCAGCUAUCUUCAUCAACUCCACUCCUACCUUCCACAUUAUCUGGACAACCUGCAACAUUGCCUCCUCAAGCUCCCUCUAUCUCAUCCUUGCCAGUGGAAGUCACACCAUCACCAUUACAACAAGUUUCAUCAUCUUUAAGCCUGUCACAUCCGUCAUGUAGUCAGCCUUCAUCUUCACAGUCAAGUGUCCAUAAUUAUUCAAUUUCAUCUAUAUUCCGCCCAGUCAUUUCAUCCACUGCAUCCACUGCCUUGCAGACAUUUCAUCAAAAUUCUCCUGCUCCAGCUCUUCAGCUAUCUUCACCCUCAGUUUCAUCUGUUUUGUAUCAUCAAGUGCCACCAGCAUGCUCUUCUGUGGUAUUAGAUCCUGUGACUCUUAACAUCCAUGCCAAAUAUGGUCUUCCUGGUCAAUCCUGUUUAGACUGGCUAAAUUCAUUAACAAUUCCAAGAAAUGUUGAAAGUCUGGAGCAAGUGAAGGAGAUCUGGGAGCUUGGAAGCCAACAUUGUCCACCAUUAAGAGAUUGGACUAUGCUAAUGAGGAACUUUAAGUCAUCCAAAGGACGAAAUACUUCCAUUUACAGUCAACGUAAAUUUAUUUAUUUAUUAUUUCAACGUCAUGGGUUUGAUGUUAGCAGCAUCUCUUCUCAGUACAAUGAAGUUAAACCCGGUAAACUAUACAAACUUUUAAACACUAGUAAACAAAAUUGAUGAAUGUUGUUCCUGAAAUCAUUGACUACAUUUUAAUUCCUAU